UCAAUUUUGAACAAAUAACAGAUUUUCACGGAUUUACCGUCGCAAAAAAGGAUAUUUUACCUAAUUUGAAGGAAGAAAAGGACAUAAAAAUAGUUGUAAAUUAUAAAUUAAGGUCACGGUGUAAAUAAUCAGCAAAAAGUCGUAAUGACGGAAAAUUUCGUGGGUAAAGCGGUGUCCAUUCACUGCAAAAACGGCAUGGGCAUCUUCCAGGGCCACAUAAAGACAGCAAGUGCCACCAAAAUAACGAUAAUUCGUGCAUUUCGCAACGGCAUCCCGCUGAAGAAGCAAGACAUGGAAAUUACGAUAAAUGCCAGUGAUAUUGAGAAGUUGGAUCUCAUUCCGAAUCAGGCGCCGGGCACGUCAUCCUCGUCAUCGAAUGGUGUCGGCAGUGUUCCUACUCCAACGCACGUGAUUAGCAAACCGACGCCAAUUAAAAAAGUACCGAGUGACGAGUCUGCCACAGCAUUUGCCAGCAUGAUUGGAGCGAUGUCCCGCACGAAAAUUGGCUCGGGCAAUGGAAAAUCGGGAUUUAAUGCGACAACAGCGACGAAUAAAUCACCACCGAAUGAGCCGAACAAAGCAAAUGCGCAAAAAACGAAGAGUAAGUCGCCGACUACCGUUCGAAACGGCAGCAAUGGCACGGAAAAUAGCAAAAAACAGUUCAGCAGUAAUGGUUUCGAGUACAACAAUGGACGUUCGAAGCCGAUUGAUGUGCCGCGGAACAAUCAAAACGCGACGCCGUACAAAAAUGACAGACAGAAGAAGCAACGUGGGCAGCGAUAUAACAGAAAUUCAGCUUUUGGCACGCCCGUCGAUGACUCCACGAUGGAUGAAGAGUUCGAUUUCGAGAAAAAUCUCGCACUUUUCGACAAACAAGCGAUCUGGGAUGAAAUAGAAAAUGGUUCGGCGACGGAAAAACCGGAUUUGCUGCGACAAACAAACUUCCUGCAAUCGCAACAACCCAAAAAAUACCGCCACGACGAAAAUGUCAUCUCAUCCAAGCCUCCGCAAUACCGUCAAAUCGUCACGGAAUACAAAGACGUCGAGGAAUAUGUCACGGAUGAUGGUCUCGUGAUCCCGGCACUGCCCAAAAAGCUGCGGGAUCGCGUUCAAACACUCGCCGAAGAGCACGGGCUCUCGUGGGAGCGCCAAAGUGAUAUGUUGGCACGCGGUGCCACGGAACUCGCAUUACUAUUGCUGGGCGGAUCGCGUCGUCUCAUUCCCAAAAACCAGCAUCAAUGGCCUCUCAUAACGAUCAUCUGCGAUGAGCCGUUUAACGAACGCAUGGGUGAAAUUGCGUGCAUCACGGGACGCCAACUUGCCUCGCAUGGCCUCAAAAUAAUGCUGCAUAUCCGAACAACGACCAUCACGGAGCGCCCGAGCAAGGAACUCGAACUUUUUACCGAUACAGGAAACGAUUUUUGUUACACGGUCGAGGAAUUGCCGCAAUCUGACUUGGUUAUUUUGGCGGUGCGGAAGACGGAACUCACGAAAGAGCUGACGGAAUGGAUUGCCAGUAAUCGAUCGACGGUAAUGGCGAUUGAUCCGCCCGUGGAAGGCAUCAAAAAUGUCGGCGUCAAAUGCUCGCUUUUGCCUAUUUUGCCACUUGCGGGACUCAAGAAGGAGGCAUGCGGGCGUUUAUACCUUUGCAAUCUCGGGAUACCGCUGAAAUUUUAUCGCGACUCGGGAAUCAAGUACAAAUCACCGUUCGGCUCGAAGUUUGUCAUUCCAUUGCACGAGGACACGCCAGCGGUGUUGCCCGCAAAAUCGAGUGUCUAA